AUUGGAAAAAUGGAUUCUCCCAUUGAGAAAUGGAACCUAAUAAUUGGCAAUUUGGCCUUAAAACAGGUUCAGGCAACAGUAGUUGGUUUUCUGGCAGCAGUGGCAGCAGUUAUAUUGGGCUGGAUUCCAGAGGGCAAAUACCGCUUUGAUCAUUCAAUCCUUCUGUGUUCUAGCAGCGUAGCAACUGCCUUCAUAGCUUCCCUUUUACAAGGUAUAAUAAUGGUUGGAGUUAUUGUUGGAUCAAAGAAGACGGGUAUUAAUCCUGACAAUGUUGCCACUCCUAUAGCAGCAAGUUUUGGAGAUCUUAUCACUCUUGCUAUACUAGCAUGGAUAAGUCAGGGUCUUUAUACUUGCCUUGAGACAUAUUACUAUGUAUCUCCUUUGGUUGGUGCCUUUUUUUUGGCUCUGACUCCGAUGGGGAUUGUCAUAGCUGCCAAACACCCAGCUACCAGAACUGUUCUCCAUUCAGGAUGGGAGCCUGUUAUAACUGCCAUGGUUAUAAGCAGUAUUGGUGGCCUUAUUCUGGACACAACGGUAUCUGAUCCUAACUUGGUUGGAAUUGUUGUUUAUACCCCAGUAAUUAAUGGUAUUGGUGGUAAUCUAGUAGCUAUUCAAGCUAGCAGAAUUUCUACCUACCUCCAUUUGCAUAGCAUUCCUGGAGAGCUGCCAGAGGAAGCCAAGGGUUGCUACUAUCCGUGCAGAACCUAUUAUGGUUCAGGAGUAAAUAACAAAUCAGCCCAAGUUCUGCUUCUUUUGGUGAUUCCUGGACACCUGAUUUUCUUGUACACUAUCCACUUAAUGAAAAGUGGCCACACUUCCUUAACUCCUAUCUUUAUAGCAGUAUAUUUGUUUGCAGCUCUGCUACAGGUGUUUACUCUGUUAUGGAUUGCUGACUGGAUGGUACACCACUUCUGGAAAAAAGGAAAAGAUCCUGACAGUUUUUCUAUCCCUUAUCUUACUGCACUGGGAGAUCUGCUUGGAACUGCCUUAUUAGCUAUAGGUUUUCAUUUUCUGUGGCUCAUAGGUGACAGAGAUGGCGAUGUCGGAGACUAAUUAUUCCAAUGGAUGCAAUGACUUUUCCUGGAAUAUUGACAAGACCGAUCAUUCCUUGAAGGUCCUCAAAGUGAUUGUUCCAUUUUGUAUAAGUAAAUCAAGUUGACACAGAUAUAAAACAGCCUUAAUGAUUUUAGUUUGGUUUGUUUUUUAAAAAAUAGUAUGGAACUAGGAGGAUACUUGAGACCUUUACUCUGAAAACAGGUGGAUUGCUGCUAGUUGAAAACAUCUGAGUAGACACAAUGAAGGGCAGAUCAAUCCUUCAUCAAGUUUUAAAUUUUUAAAAGAUCUAGUCUUUUAAAAGAACAGUUCCUUACCUGUAUUGUGAACCAGAACAAUCUCUAAUUGCUCAUUCAGUGGUGACGAAGAAGAGGGUAACACCCAGUCAGUGCUUGCCUUGUCUUUCCCUCCCGGGAACAAAGUGGGUAUAUAUUGUCGUCUUACCACAGAAGUGGUUAGUAGACCUCAGAUGAAUUCAGUUUCAUAGACAUUACCUGAUUAGUUGAUGAUAUGUUCUUAUCUUGCCAUUUCAGUGCUGUAGCUCUCUGACCAUGGCAGACUUGAUAUCAAUAAUAACAGUUACGGUGAUUUGAACCCUGAUUGUCUAAACAUUUUGUCACAAGUUUUAUUUUAUAUAUACUAAUAUGACCAUCAACAUUUAUAAAAUUGGACACUUGAAAAGUGUCUGCAGGACUGAGCCCUUUCUCUUUGUGCUAAAAAGAGCAACCUAAUUAUUUUGCUGUUGUGAUUUAUUAGAACAAGAGCAUAGUAAAGACAAAUAAUGUGAUACUGACCUGAUCAAUAAUAAUGGAUGAAUGAUUAAAACUCCUUGUGUUGGAAAGCGUAUUUUCAUUUAGCAACCGAAAAGAUGUUUAACUAACUGAUAUUAAUGGUGUUGUGAUGGCCAGUAUCCUGAUUUUAAUGAAGUCUUUAGAGGUGUUGAUUCAAAUGUAAAUACUGAUCCCUGAUUAAAACUUGGGGUAUGAAAGAUUGUGUUUCCUUUUUAGGCACUUAGGAAGUUACAUAAACUUCUAAAAUUUCAGAGCUAUCUAUGUCAUCCAUUUCUAAGCAGAAAUCUCUGCUAACAGGAUUUCUGCUUUCAAAGUGUGGAACUAAUAUGGUCAAUAAGGAAAAUGACUGCUUCUGAAUGAUUUCUCUUAUUUGUAUACCUCAAUAUUUUUAAUAAUACAUUGAUCAUGAAGACUCUGGUUGCCACUUUGAAAAAAUGUACUAAUUGCUCUGUUUUAAAAUCUAGUGGGAGUUCCUUACGGCAUAUGUUUUUAAAGACAUAUAGCAUACAUCCUCGAUGCAUAAUUAAAUAAACAACUCAUAUUUUAAAUGUUGUGAUUGAAAGUUUUAAAUUUUGAGAUUUAAAUUAGACAACUAAAUCCAUAUCUCAGCAUAUGUUGUAAUCCUGUAAACAUUAGUCAUGUGAUUUAUGCAUAUAAAUCCUCCCUUUUAAUUUGAUGGUUCUACUCAGAUGAAUUAAAUUAAUUAUGUGGAUAAGUGUUAAAGGGAAUUCUAUAGGUGUUGGUCACCUUAAACUCUGUGGAAGUUCAAAGUGUUUGCAAUUCUGAAAAUUAAACCAGCUAUUCAGUGCCUACUCAUGGAUUUAGAUGCCUGACUUUUAGCUCCCUCAUUUAAACACUUUUAUUUAAGCUUUUUCUUACAGUUAUGAUAAUAUAGUUGUUUGAAUGAAUCAUAUGUAUUAUGUCUUUUAUUAUGUGAGAGAAAGAUGAAAUCUUUCUAACUUCAGGUUCUCUGACUUUUCUUAGUUUGUAUUAAUGUUAUUUAAAAUAGUUUCUUGUAUGUAGCAUUGCGGGAAAUACUCCUAUUAAAUUGUUUAAAAUGGA